CCGACGAGAGUUUUUACAGUGGAAAUAACUCCUCAGGGGUGCACCCUUGGAUAAAGUUGAGCAAAUUAAAUUGGGGUUGAACCUUUGAUCUGAAAACAGACCACAAAACAGACGGCCUGAAGAUGAUGCUGAGUCCUGACCAGCCAGACGUUGACCUGCCCUGGGGGCAGCCCGACACAGAGACCCUGCUGAACAGCAUCAAGAUGGAGUGCGCCCCCCUGCCCGCGGAGCCCGCAGAGGGCGAAGGCAAGGCGCGCUCUCUGUCCAUUCCUUCCCUCAGCAGGGAGGAGAAGAGGAGGCGGAGGCGCGCUACAGCCAAGUACCGGUCCGCGCACGCAACAAGAGAGCGCAUUCGCGUCGAGGCUUUCAACGUUGGGUUCGCCGAGCUGAGGAAGCUUCUCCCGACACUUCCGCCAGACAAGAAGCUGUCCAAGAUUGAGAUCCUCCGGCUCGCAAUCUGCUACAUCACCUACCUCAACCAUGUGCUGGAUGUGUAGGUCAUCAGUCAAGGAUGGACACCGUCAAUGAAGGAGAGAAGAAGACUGAAGAUGGAGACUGGGUAGGGUGGACUGCAUACGAAUGCUUGAUAGACAUUGUUGACACAUAUCUGGCCUGGGAGCACGGCUGUGCCUGUAGUGUGUGCCCAAGUGCCCUGUGUGCUGCCACUCUAGGCCAGAGUCACACAGUAAAACAGGACCUAAUGUCUUUCUUUUUCUCAGUGUUGUGAAGGAGAGAAACUGCUGUCCCAUUUGACUUACCCACAGACUUACCCAAUCGAAUCCAAAUUUGCAGUGUCAGAAAACGCAAUAAUGUCGGGUGAUCCUACUUCUUAUAGGUUUAUUAGCCUAGUAUUGAAAAGCUGUCCUGUUAGCCAAUAUUUGCCAUGGCGAAACUUCUCUCCGGACAGGGCUGAUUUAAAGGAUCUGUAGCUGUAGAGAUUCGCUGAAAUCAGUGAUGAAGAUCAAAGUAGAAUAUAAGUGCCACUUAUUUACAGAUAUGAUAUGUUGUAUAUUAUAUUCGUUAUUUGUUUUUGUAUUAGGCUUAGUAAGUUAUGUAUUUAUCAAUUCAUGUUUACAUUGUAAUUUCUUAUGUCUGGUGUUUGCACAUACAUAUUUAUUUGUAAUAUUUAUAACAAUUAUUUAUACUCUGACAACAGAACGAAGACUGUUGCUCUUUAUUGCACUUUUUAAUCGGAUUUUAUCUAUUAAAAAUUUCCCAAAAUGUUUUUGAAAUCCCUGUUAAAUCCAGAGGUUGCAAGUGAGAUUGCAGAGUUUUGUUUGCUAGGGUGAGACACAGUUUCAGCUUUAGGCCUACAAUUUCAUUAUUAGCUUUUUCGAUUGUCCAGAAGUUUGUUGGUUUCAUGUUCAGCUUUUAAGGACAAUAACAUUUUUUUGUGACAAACUCCAUAGUUUACUUUAGCCAAUACCUGCUUUCCAAAGAUUGUUUAACAUUUCAGGGUGUCCUUUUGUAGUAUGCCAUAUAUAUAACACACCUAAACAGCUUUUGUUAAUAAAUUAAUAAAUUGUUAAUACAUUUUUUUAU